AAAUCAAGUGUUUUUUUCUCUUCUGAAAAGAAGCUCGAAGAAGUUAGUGAAGAACAACGGAAAGAGAAAGAGAGUUAUUUUUUUACGUAGAGAAUGAGGGGAGAAUUGGAGUUGCCACCGGGUUUCAGAUUCCAUCCUACAGAUGACGAGUUGGUGAAUCAUUAUUUGUGUAGGAAAUGUGCAUCUCAGCCUAUUGCUGUCCCAAUUAUUGCUGAGAUCAAUCUCUACAAGUUUGAUCCAUGGCAGCUUCCUGAUAUGGCGUUGUACGGUGAAAAGGAGUGGUAUUUCUUCUCGCCAAGGGACAGAAAAUACCCAAACGGAAGUCGGCCGAACCGGGCUGCCGGAACGGGAUAUUGGAAGGCAACCGGAGCAGACAAGCCUAUCGGGAAGCCGAAAACAUUGGGCAUAAAAAAGGCACUCGUUUUCUACGCUGGCAAAGCCCCACGCGGCGUCAAAACCAACUGGAUCAUGCACGAAUACCGCCUCCCUAAUGUUGACAGGUCCGCCGCCGCCGGCAACAAGAACAACAACUUGAGGCUUGAUGAUUGGGUGCUAUGUCGGAUAUACAACAAGAAAGGGAGCAUUGAGAAGCAUUUCCCAAGUGAACAAAAACUGUCGGGUUACCCUGAAAUGGAAGAUCAGAAACCCAACAUCUUAAUGCACGGUCAAAACAUGACUGCAAUUUCCCAACAACCUUCGUCGAUGUCGACAGUGAACGAUGAACUCUUACAAACGGAUGCUUCGGAUUCGGUCCCGAGAAGAUUGCAUACGGAUUCAAGUUCGUCGGGGCAGGUGCCGUCCGCUGAAGUCACGUGGGAGAAAGAGGUCCAGAGUCAACCUAAUGACGUCGAUUUCGGGUUCAAUUACAUGGAUUUCGGGUUCCAAGAUGACCCGUUUGCAAGUCAAGUUCAGUACCAGAUGGAGCAGUUGUCACCUUUGCAGGACAUGUUCAUGUAUCUACAGCAGCCAUUUUGAACACAGAUCCAUCCAAAUCAAGUUUCUUAGAUUUUUAUAUUGUGUUGGAUUUCAUGCACACAUUUGCAUGUGACAUUAAAUCUUAGGCUUCGGACAACCAA